AUGGCUUCUGACGGUCGCAAACAGCCGCCAUGGAGGCCCCCCAAAGCCCAACCUGACGCCCAGCUGCCCCGACUGAAGGUCGACAACAGCCUGACAAGGAGCAAGGAUGACUUUGUCCCAGUCGAUCCGACGGGGAAGGUGGUGACGUGGUACGCGUGUGGCCCGACAGUAUACGAAGAUGCCCAUUUGGGCCAUGCCAAGAAUUACGUCUCGACCGACAUCCUCCGCCGCAUCAUGAAGGACUACUUCGGCUUCCGUGUCAAGUUCGUUAUGAAUACGACCGAUAUCGACGACAAAAUCAUCCUCCAGGGCCGGCAACAGUACCUGCUCGCGCACUUCAAGCAGGAGCAUGCUGCUGAGGACGACUCGGUGAGCGAUUCGGUUUUGGCUGAGGUCAGAGCCGCAUUUCAGCACUACAUUGGCAAGAACCUUCCGUCUCUACCCUCUGAUACAGCCGCGGAAGCUUUUUCUGAGGCAGUUGGCAAGGUAUAUAAGGAAAAGGCAGAUCCACCUCUGGCCGACGCCGCGACAGCCCAGCAGGGCCAAGCUGUUACCGUCGCCGAUUUGCUGUUGAGAGCCCACAUCGGAACGGCACGAUUGGCCGCCGAGGCCCUACAAGCCCCGGGAAAGUUGCCUGAAUUUUUUGCCAAGACGGACGAUAUUUUGCGUCCAUAUCUCGAUGCCUUGCAUGGAGCAGAGAUGGACUCCAAUAACCACAAGAUAUACCUGGAGCUGAGCCAGAAAUUCGAACGCCGCUUCUUCGAGGACAUGGAUGCGCUUAACGUCCUACCUCUCGACCAGCUCACUCGUGUGACUGAGUAUGUCCCUAAGAUUGUCGGCUUUGUUGAGAAGAUCGUGGCCAAUGGUUUCGGUUACGCUACCCCCGACGGCUCCGUAUACUUCGAUAUCGACUCUUUUGAGAAGGCUGGACACAGCUACUCCCGGCUGGAGCCGUGGAACAAGAACGAUCGUGCCCUCCAAGCCGAUGGCGAAGGCUCUCUAUCCAGGGGAAAGUCAAUGAAGCGGAGUGAGAAUCAUUUUGCGCUGUGGAAAGCUAGCAAGCCAGGUGAGCCGGCAUGGCCAAGUCCAUGGGGUCGUGGGCGGCCGGGAUGGCAUAUAGAAUGCUCUGCCAUGGCCUCCGAAGUGCUCGGGAAGACGAUAGACAUCCAUUCGGGAGGCGUCGAUCUUCGUUUCCCUCACCAUGAUAAUGAGCUCGCACUAUCGGAGGCGUACUGGUCGACUCCAGGCUGUCAGGUACAGUGGACAAAUUACUUCAUUCACAUGGGGCAACUGAGGAUUCGAGGCUUGAAGAUGAGCAAGAGCCUCAAGAAUUAUACGACCAUCAGAACAGUCCUCUCUGAAAAGGAGUGGAGUGCACGUUCUCUCCGAAUCUGCUUCCUCCUCAUGCCUUGGCAGGAUGGCAUCGAGGUCACGGACGAGUUUAUGAAGGCUGUAGUCGGCUGGGAAGGCAAGCUCAACAACUUCUUUCUAAAGAGCUUGGAUAUCUCGAAACAUUCGAGUCCGGAGACCACUACAACCGACGACCUUAGCAUCGCAGACCAUCAAUUAUUAAGCUCCCUGGCCAAGGCGAAAGACGACGUCGAUACAGCUCUUUGCGAUUCCUUCAACACAUCAGCUGUUAUGAGAAUCCUCUCUGAUCUUGUUACCGAGUCUAACUCAGCGGAGGCACUUUCAAGCCAGACGGUCAUCUUGCUCGCCCGAUGGGUAACACGCAUCGUCACCAUAUUUGGUCUGGAUCCCGAGGGAGAUCUCAGCAACCAGGACCGCAUAGGGUGGUCGGGCCUCGAUAUUCCUGCGCCAGCAAAACCCUACGUCUACCCUACGUCUCAAUUGCGUGACAAGGUUCGAACCGUGGCCUGUUCCGGCUCGGUCGAUCAUACAGCUAUCGCGAAGUUCGCUGAUGGAGUUGCGGUCGCGGCGUCAGCGCCAGUGGUUGAAUCCUCCAAACCAUACGAUCACGUACUGCAGCAGUUCCGCGCCGACAUCAAGGCACUCGCUGCCCUGCAAGCGCCAGCGAAAGAACUGCUCGCCUUGUGCGACCAGCUCCGCGAUGUCCACCUCUGGAACCUAGGCAUCUAUCUCGAGGACCGCAUCAGCCCCCAGCCUGCUUUAGUCCGGCCCCUUGAUAAGUUGCUCAUAGAGGUGCGGAAGGAGCGAGAAUCAGCUAGCAUUGCGAGGGCAAAGGCUAAGCUGGAACAAGAGGCCAGGGAGGCCGAGAAGGAGAGGGAGCUGCGUGAGGGCGCCAAGGUCGAUCCCUUGCUGAUGUUUAGGGCCUCGGGAGAGUAUUCGGAAUGGGGCGAAAACGGCAUCCCGACCGUGGACGCAGCGGGGAAUGUGGUGUCCAAGAAUAGGCGCAAGAAGCUGGUCAAAUAUUGGGAGAAACAGAAGAAGAGGCACGAGGAAUGGCUGUUGACGCAACGGGCAGCAUAG